CUUUUUUUUUGGUCGCUUGAGUUUCCUGUGCCAAGGGGCGAGCUAUGUUUUACUGCUGUGUUUAGCGAUAAAUCCGAUUUGUUUGGUUUCAUCAUUUCUCUGCUUCUCUCCUUUUUGUGAGCUGAUACUAAUCAUUCUGAUGAUUGUUCAUUGGUUUUUUUUUUUUUUUUUAGAAUAGAUUAAUUUUUGUUGAAAUUUGUAUGCUAAUUGUAGCUAUAAUUUAUUGUGAUAUGGAUGAUUUUGAGUUGAGUAGAGAUACAAUUCUGCGGUUACGGCAUUGGCUAUAUUGCAACGCCAUAGUGGUGCAAGAAGUCUAAAGUAGUCAGAUAUUGUUUAGUAUCAGACAAGAUAUCAACGAUGGUGAGAUUUCCCUUUGCAGAAAGGGGAACAAUUAUAGCGUAAUAAAAGAUUACAAAAGUGGUUUCUGAAUUCAAUUAAAGCAAUGGACAGAUUAACACAAUCUGUGCCAAUUCAUUUUCCUAUUGAAGAUUGCAGUGCUACGCAUGUAGUUUAAUGUUGUGUUUGAACUUUGAAAUUCAUUUUUGGCUGGUCUCAGAUGCUCUCCAAAAUUUUUUACAUAACUAAGGGCCUGGCUGCUACUACUAACUGUGAUUGUAAUGAUUAUACACUCCGGGUUGCAUAUUAUCCACCUGACAUCUAUCAUUGCUUCAUGAAGCAAAUUUUGUUUGUUAUUAUAUGUAAAUUGAUCACAUAUACAUUCUUCAGACUUGUAGCAAAAUGGACACAAGCUCUGGUUGGCCGUGAUCCUCUCUCGAUACCAGAUAACAGGAAGGAAUGAGAUUAUCAUUGGCACUUUUGGUUAAAUAGCAGAAGCAACUGCACUGCGGGAAAAUGGGAGGUUGCUGCUGUUCUGCCAGAAAACCUCAUCUACAUGGUGCACCAGUGUAUUAUUAUUGCCCAGCAUCCUUGGAAGAGCGCGAGUCAUUAACAUCAAAUGAUGGUACGGCUGCUUCACAUGGUGCUAGAUUGCUAGCAGGUUUGAACUUGGAAACGGCCACACCGGAUACGUUCCGGCCCCCUCCUGCACCUUUGCCAUAUGAUGCAGUCUUUGGUCCAAUAUCAACAGAUUCUGAAUCUGGAAGAAAAACAGUUAGUGGUAGUAGUUUUGAAACAUUAAUUACAUGUGAAGAUCUUGAAGAAUCGGAUUGCAAAACUCAAGCAAAUUCUGAACUUUUGUCUCCAAAGAAGAUAGAAUUAUCGAAAUCAAAUGAAUGUCAUGUAUUAAUGGCAGAAGAAGAAGAAGUCUGUCCAAUUUGCCUUGAAGAAUAUGAGGUUGAGAAUCCUAAAACUCUGACGAAGUGUGAACACCAUUUUCACCUAUCUUGCAUUCUUGAGUGGAUGGAAAGAAGUGACGCCUGUCCUAUAUGUGAUCAGGAGAUGAUAUUUGAGUAGUCACAAAAUUAGUUUGAGUUCAAAAUUGAAAGCUUGCCAAAAUGCUUGGACAAUAGAUGAAGCAAGUUCUUUGAUUGUUGACGGGACGAUGGUAGCUACAGAUUCAUUUUUAAGUUGCGGUGCAUUAUUAUAAAAGGUCAUUGUUUUAGCAAAACAGGAUGCUGCGAAAGUGAUUUUUGGUGAAGGGAGGAGAAGAUACGGUGUGAAAUUCACUUCUCUGGGAUCUAUGGGGAUAGAAACAAGUCCCACUUCUCUGUAUCUCUCUCUUCUCGCACUUUAGUUAAAAUCGAAUUUACACUUUUUUUUAAGACGUUUCAUUACUGGCUACUUUGGGAAGAAGAAAGAGAUUUUGGCAGUGUCUCUCCAUAUGGGAAUUUCUCUUGUCCAUGAAAGAAUGCCUAGGAGGCAGGGAUUCAUAUUGUGUCAUGGCUUAAUUCUUCUCUUUUUGGCCUCUCAUUUGCUGUCUUUAUUGCAGAAAUUUCUGUGGUUGCUUCUUUUUUCAUUUGCCAAAUGUCUUUCAAAUCACGCAUUAUUCACACGUCCAUUUUAUGCAAUAUAGUAUACUUGAUUAUAGGCAAGGCUUCCAUAUUCCA